AUGAGCGAUACACGUGGUACCGCGACCAACGGAACAGCAGGAGAUUCCUACUCCACCUCCUCAAAUGCUCCAUCCGCCUACUCGUCAAUAAAUGGCUCUGGGAAACGCAUGCGUGACGAUGAUUCUCAAGAUCAAACCUCUCUUUCCGAAACUCAGAAUGGCGACAGCACGUACGAGCAUAAACGUCGGAAAACACUAGUUGACGGCGUUGGCGGACCUGUUGGAAGCACACCACUUGGCUUACCGAAAGCGACCCCAGUCUCCCGCCGUCGGUAG